UGUUUUUUCUGCUCUUUAAAUGGAAUCUGAUGUCAUAAUUUUAUAUUUGCGGAAAAAAUAAGUGCGCUAUUCGCUAACGCAUUAUUUGACAUUUCCGUCAUUCUGCUGAGCAGUAUUUUUAUUUAUCUUCCGUUACUUGUAAGCGAAGCUGAUUUCCAUUGAAAAUAAAUUGAAAAAUAAUAUCACAACUUUUUAUUUGUUUUGUGUAAUGUUCACUGUUGAUGGCAGAAACUAUGAAAAACAAUUUGAAAUCGCAUGCGAGAAAAACUAAAAGGAUAUGAGUGCGUAGAGAAAGCGUAAAAACUGUGUAUUAAAAAGUAGAAAAACUGGGAUUUGUUAGGAGGUAAAAACAAGAUUGUAAUCUGCAUUUUUUGUUGAUUUUGAGGAGUUUCUCAAUUUUUGUGGCAUAUUCUGAAAUUAUCACAUAAUAGAUUUUUAGCCAAAAUUCACUCGAAUUCACAUUGUGCAGAAGAAAAUCGCGAUGUUACGAUACAAUAGACACUAUUUAGAUAGAAAUGUGAAAAAGUUUCGCUACCAGUUCUAGCGAUUUUUUCAUUUGCUGUAACUAUUUAGCAGCAACUCAAGGAGAUAUUACGGCUAUUUGAGUUGAUAGAUAUAUUUUUGUGAACAGCAUACACUUCAAUAGUCUACAAAAACUAACCUACUCAUAAUUUCAAUCGAUCUAUGGUAAGUUUUUUUCUUUCAAUUUCAAAGAUAAUUAUCUAGGAGAUCAGAGUAUUUCUUAGUGCUUUUAUGAUCACUAUGCUAUUUUCUAACUCACUACCUAUUUCAUUUCGCUUGUUACAUAAGAUCCACAUAUUUAGACCUUCAAAAUAUUGCUCGAUUCAUUAUCAUAAAUUACUACACAAUGCAAAUACUUACAGUUAUCUGUAACAAUAGUACUUUAAAGGGUGAGCAGGUAGAAAUAUCUAUAUAUAUUAUACCUGCAAAUCACCUAACGACCUCGAGUGGUUAAAUUGAAGGUGCGCGCUACCUGUCUUCGUCAUGCCUACUUCACGCCUCUAUGCAGUAAUUACUUCAGUUUGAUUUAAUUUUAGGUAUAAAAAGGUGCGUGCUUUGAAACUUUCAGCAUUCACAUUCAGUAAACAGUUCACUUUACAUCUCUCAUCUCAAAGUUAGGAAAGUUUCGCAAUCCUACAUUUUGCGCAAAGUUUAGAAUAUUUCGCAUUUUUAUUAAAAAAAAAAUUAGUAUAAUCCUCUUGAACAUGGGUAUUUUGUUAUCAAAGAAAGUAAGCUGCAAUCUGGAAGCUUCGCCGCCAGUCUUUGGACGAUACACCAUCAUAGACGAUGAGUUCACCAUACGGCCCUCAAAUUUUACUAGCCAAUACAAGCGCAUGUCUGCUUCGCCAGCUGGAAGCCUUGACAGCAGACACAGUUCCGGUCGUGUUGCCAAAUCACCUUUAAGAAAGCGUCUAAAGUUUGAUCAUAUUUCAAUGGAGGCUUUCGAAAGGCCUAAGAUGUUUAUACCAAAUAGACCAAGUCUAAAGCGGCCACCGAUUGCAAAAACAAAUAAUACGAAAGACACUAUCAUGAACCUGGAUAACGAAAAGAGCGAUAAAGAAGUCCUAACAAUAUUGACGCCGAAAACAUAUCGACGAUUAACACUGCGUACGUGUAUACGUCGACGCCCAUCAUACAGGAAAGCCCUAAAAACACCGACCAAACUGCCACAAGCACCGGAGUCAUAUGUCAUCCCUGAAGAGCCUUUGGAAAGCAAACACGAGAGUGAGAUCGGCAAUGCUAUUUUAAGACAAACUGAUAUAUGUGAAAUGGACACUAUUAUUGAGCCUCUACCCGAAUAUGAAUAUGCUGAGUGGGAAACGGAUGACAUGUUGGAAAAAUGUACACCAGAAGAAAGGUUGGAACAAAAGAUUAGAUUUGAAAAUCUUAUAACGGAGCAUCAACAGCUAAUUCAGGAAAAUAAGCCGAUAAAAAUUAACAGUUCAACAGAGAAUGAACUAGAUUUGGCCACUUUCAAGAGGAAAUCGUCAAUGAAAAUAUGUCACCGUUAUUCUCAACGACAUGCGCCAUAUGAAACGAUUAAACCGAAAUCCACAGAAGAAUUAAAUAGAAUGAAACCAAGUCUUCUUAAAGUGGCAAUGUUGACGGAGCAUAACUUUAAAAUUCCGAAAGAACAUCACUUACGCGAAAUGCCAGAAGAAAGUCCGUUAAUUAUGGGGAAACUAUUGAGAGAGCUGAAGCAACGCCUCGCUGAAAUUGAUGAGAGGAAAAGAAGAAAUUCUUUACCAAUCCUGUUAAGAGAUGGAACAGAACAAGAUAAACCUGACAAUUUAAAGAUACGCUCAAUAUCUGAAAUAUCUUCACAGCAAGCUCAACUUUUUGGAAAGCUCAUGAUAGAACUCAAACAACAUUUGGCAAAAAGGAAUGCAUGGAACGGACUUCAAACAAAAUCAGAUUUACAACAAUACAUUUAGAAUUUUCGCUCUUUUCGAUAUAGUGUUCUCUCUACUUUUCUCUCACUGGAGGGCUUCUUUUGCAAUUCUGUUCGGAUACAUUUUUAGGUUUUGGUUAGAGGAUGAAAUGUUUCCAAAUUUUUAUUUCUUUUAUUCUUAUAUUAAUACUGUCACGUGUGGAAUAACAACAAAAAUAUAAAUAUAUUUAUGGAAAGUUUUGGCUUUCUCUGAACAGUUGAUGAUUUUUGGAAGAUUUUUUUUAAAUUUAUAAAUGUACUGAGAAAGACGGUUACUAUGAAAAAGAACUCGUUUAAUGACUUUUCAGUUUUUUGUCAUCGGUAUUUGUUCGUAUAAACCAUCGGGUAAUUAACGUGCUUCAAGUUUCAGCAGCAAAAAUAUAUUGAGUCUGCUUUAGAUUUCAUUCAUCGUAAAUAUAUUGGUGAUGUUUUGAAAAUUUUAUAAAGGGUUUAGAUAACAAAGGGGUUGUUGUUCUGAGGGCAGUUGCAUUUGAUUCAGCGUGGAGUUUAACGAACUUUUGAUAAAUGUUACUCCGUCCAGUUCAGAUGUCGGAUAACACUUUCUAAUGUUAAUUAUCAAUAUCAAUAUACCAAAUUGAUUUAUCCAACUCAUUUUCUAUGCAUAUAUGAUUUUUUUCGAUUCAGAAUUUUAUUUGAAAUAUUCCAAAACAAAAAAGUUGUGAAAAUUCUCGAGUAUAUUAUUAUUAGAAAUAUGUAAUAUCGAAUAGGUAACUAAUAGUGAAGUCUCUCAUCUGCGGUUACACAAAAGUUCGUAGAAAUAUAGAAAAAUUAUAUUCAAUGGGAAAUUGCAAUCAGAUACAAUUAUCUGGAAACACUCACAUCUAAAGGAGUGUGGAGCAUGAGAGCUUCGACGAAAACCAAAGUUAACAACAAAAAUGAAAUUACUGAUACACCACAUUCCAGGAGCAAUCAGCAAAUUGCAGUAUUCUACGCACAGUUACUGGUCAAAGGAAAUGGGUGAAUUCAUAUAAAUAUUGCAAUACAUGUGUAAACACAAACAAAAUAUGUAUAUACCAAACACACGUGCCUUUAAUAUAUCGCAAAUGCAUUUAUAAAAAAUAAAUUGGAUUUACAUGUA